AGGGACCAAACCUGCAACCUCAUGGUUCCUAGUCGGAUUCGUUAACCACUGUGCCACGACGAGAACUCCUCAAGAGCUGAUUUUUAAUUGGAAUUGAGCAGCUGGACACAGUAGUCCAGCAGAAGGCAAAGGUACUCAGAAAGGGAGGCCAAGGGUCCCCGAGUUAGCUCCAGCUGCAGCCCUUCAACAGCCCGCUGGUUACUGCCCCUGAUCCCCCAUGGGUCCUGACUUGGUGGGACAUCACCCCCAGUGACAGCCUUAGUGUGGCCUUCUUGAACCUUGACUGCCUAGCUGACUAUGUCCUUGGCACUGUCUGUUGUGGUCCCACAGGGGCAUCCCUCCCUUCCCGUCAACCUGAUCGCUUUGCUGGCUCUAAAUUCAGCAAUCUAUUUUCAGAUGUAAAACGAGAGGCGGGGGUUAAUAAGGAAAUGGCCUUGGGUACUAACUAGGGUCAAGGCCGAGCUAGUCUGAGUAAAUUCUUUACCACCACUGGCUUAAGGCCAGCAGCUUCCCAGUCCUCUGUGAUCCAUCUGGAACUGUGCCCAGUGGGGACUCUGUCCCCAUUCCCAAGCCUCCUGGGCGCUGGGGAGUCAGCUCAGCCCUGAGUCCUCCCGGGAGCAGGGGGGCAGAGCUGAGCGGCCGCCCGGUGCUUGGCGGGAGGAGGGGCCGGGGAAGGGGGAGGUGAGGAGAUCCGGCUAGAGGGGAGGCUCCGACGUCUCCUUCCUUCCUGGUUCCUGCAGCAGCUGCUGCCACUGCUCAGCUCUGUGAGCAGGGAGCUGGUGGCUCGGAGACGGUGACUCAGAGACGGAGCGGUGCGCGGGCCAAGGAGCACGGGCGUCCAUGGACCCUGGGGGCCCCCUCAGGACAAGGUGACAUCCUUCCCCUUCCACCCUGCUCUCCGUCCUCAGCAGGGAGUGGCCACUCCCUUCUCCAUGGACUUCCAGGAGCGGGACCCUCCCUCCUUGGCUGAGAGCACUCAGUCUGCAAAGCCCAGCAGUGCCCAGCAGGCCUCCGAGCUGUGGGAGGUGGUGGAGGAGGCUCGGGGCCGGCUGGGUGCAGAGGGUAUCAUGCCAGAGAGACAGGAAGGCCACCUGCUCAAGAAGAGGAAGUGGCCUCUGAAGGGCUGGCACAAGAGAUACUUUGUGCUGGAGGACGGGAUCCUUCGCUAUGCCACCACACGGCAAGAUAUCACCAAGGGGAAGCUCCACGGCUCCAUCAAUGUCCGACUGUCGGUCAUGUCCAUCAACAAAAAGGCCCAGCGCAUUGACCUUGACACUGAAGACAACAUCUACCACCUCAAGAUCAAAUCCCAGGACCUGUUCCAGAGCUGGGUGGCCCAGCUGCGUGCCCACCGCCUGGCCCAGCACCCAGACCUGCCCCGAGGCCUGCCGCCCAGCGCCACUCACCGGAAGGUUCCUGGUACCCAGCUUCCAGCAGCGGGUAGUGCCUCGGCUCUGCCAGGGGUUGGACCUCGGGAGAAGGUGUCUUCCUGGUUGAGGGACAGUGAUGGGCUCGACCGCUGCUCUCAUGAGCUCUCUGAGUGUCAGGGGAAGCUCCAGGAACUACACAGACUCCUCCAGAGCCUAGAGUCCCUGCACCGGAUCCCCUCCGCCCCUGUCAUCCCCACACACCAGGCCUCGGUGACGACCGAGAGACCCAAGAAGGGGAAGCGGACCAGCCGCAUGUGGUGCACACAGAGCUUUGCCAAGGACGAUACCAUCGGGCGGGUUGGUCGUCUCCACGGUUCUGUUCCCAACCUGUCUCGCUACCUGGAAUCCCGGGACCCCUCGGGUCCCCGCGGGCUGCCACCCCCAGACUAUGCCCACUUGCAGCGCAGUUUCUGGGCCCUGGCCCAGAAGGUGCACAGCUCCCUCAGCAGCGUCCUGGCCGCCCUCACUGCUGAACGGGAUCGACUGAGGGACCUGCACCAGGGUUCAGAGCUGUCCAGAAUGGGGGUCUCUGAGGCCCCAGCUGGCCCGAGGCGUCUCCACUCGCUGUCCGUCUCCUCCGACACCACUGCAGACUCCUUCAGUUCCCUCAACCCCGAGGAGCAAGAAGCUCUGUACAUGAAGGGGCGAGAGCUGACCCCCCAGCUGUCGCAGAGCAGCGUCCUGUCCCUCGCCGAUUCCCACACGGAGUUCUUCGAUGCCUGUGAGGUUCUCCUCUCUGCCAGCUCUUCUGAGAAUGAGGGCUCGGAGGAGGAGGAGUCAUGCACCAGUGAAGUCACCACCAGCCUGUCCGAGGAGGUUCUGGACCUCAGGGGAGCUGAACCCUGUCAGAAAGGGGGAGCUGCAGGGCCACCCAGGCGCCGAUGCCUGCCGGCAGCCAGCGGCCCCGGGGCUGACGUGAGCUUGUGGAACAUCCUACGCAACAACAUUGGCAAAGACCUGUCGAAGGUGUCGAUGCCCGUGCAGCUCAAUGAGCCGCUCAACACCCUGCAGCGGCUCUGCGAGGAGCUGGAGUACAGCAGCCUCCUGGACCAGGCCAGCCGCACCACGGACCCCUGCGAGCGCAUGGUACGUGUACAUCGCAGCUUCGCCGUCUCCGCCUACUCGUCCACCUACCACCGGGCGGGCUGCAAGCCCUUCAACCCUGUGCUGGGGGAGACCUACGAGUGCGAGCGGCCUGACCGCGGCUUCCGCUUCAUCAGUGAGCAGGUCUCCCACCACCCCCCCAUCUCGGCGUGCCACGCGGAAUCCGAGAACUUCAUCUUCUGGCAAGAUAUGAAGUGGAAGAACAAGUUCUGGGGCAAAUCCCUGGAGAUUGUGCCUGUGGGGACGGUCAAUGUGAGCCUGCCCCGGUUUGGGGACCUUGAGUGGAACAAGGUAACGUCCUGCAUUCACAACAUCCUGAGCGGCCAGCGCUGGAUCGAGCACUACGGGGAGGUGCUUAUCCGGAACACGCAGGACAGCUCCUGCCACUGCAAGAUCACCUUCUGCAAGGCCAAGUACUGGAGCUCCAACGUCCAUGAGGUGCAGGGGGCCGUGUUCAGCCGGAGCGGCCGCGUCCUCCACCGACUCUUCGGGAAGUGGCACGAGGGCCUGUACCGGGGACCCCCACCGGGUGGUCAGUGCAUCUGGAAACCCAACUCAAUGCCCCCAAACCAUGAGCGAAACUUCGGCUUCACUCAGUUUGCCUUGGAGCUGAAUGAGCUGACGGCAGAGCUGAAGCGAUCCCUGCCUUCCACGGACACGCGGCUCCGGCCAGACCAGAGGUACCUGGAGGAGGGGAACAUACAGGCCGCCGAGGCCCAGAAGAGAAGGAUCGAGCAGCUUCAGAGAGACAGACGCAAAGUGAUGGAAGAGAACAACAUUGUCCACCAGGCUCGCUUCUUCAGGCGGCAGACAGACAGCAGCGGGAAGGAGUGGUGGGUGACUAACAACACAUACUGGCGGCUGCGGGCCGAGCCGGGCUACGGGAACCUGGAUGGCGCUGUGCUCUGGUAGCCCAGGCCCCGGGGGGCAGGAGGCCCCAGCUCCUCCCUCCUGCCUCCACAUCCCUACGGACACACGGGCAAGGCCAGGGUCUCCCACUCACUGCCCUGGAGACCAAAGGGGCAGCCCUGGCUCUGGCCCUCUCCCCUCUGCCGGCCGGAGGGAGCUGCCUCUCAGCCCAUCGCCCACCCCUUGGUGGGGGUGGGAAGCAGGAUUCGUGCUUCCCCAGUCUCGUUGCCCCUGACAACUGGCAUGGAAGACCCUCCUUGCUCUGUCAUCCCCCUUCCUGCCCUGCUGGGGGUCUUGGGGGAGACUCCAGCCUCUCCAGGAUGUGUUCCCCAUUCCAGUGCCUUCCUAGGACACGGGGGACCCCUCGAUGCUCCCCAGGUUUCCUAUGCCCGGGACUCUGGCCCCAGCUGUGAGGUUGGCUGAGUGAAGGAGAGGGCACGGCCUUUUCUCCCAGCCCCACCCCUCCCAUGCCCCAUCUCCUGCAUCUUCUCCCCAUGCCCUGGCCCAGGGGGGCGCUCCCUUCGCUUGGCCCCAGCAAUUUCUCCCAUCCUCCCAUCCUCUUCUCUCAAACUACAAAAGGCCUGCAGCUUCCAGCUCCUUCGUCCCUGGUCCUCAAGUGGUUUCCUUCGGCGGCUCAGCAGAUCCCCCAGAGCAGACGAGGCAUCUCCGAGAGGCAGGGAGCAGACUGGGCAGGAAGGGCACCUGGCCUCUGACCUCCCAGGAGUGAGUGUGCAUGCGUGAGAGUGUCCAUUUGUGUGUGUGUAGAGGAGUGUGUGCAUGGGUGUGCCUGUGUCCUGCUUGCAGGCGAGCAGGAUCCCUCAUGAGGCCCGGAUGUCCCCCACCAGGUGUCCACCACUGUCACUGCUCCUUUUCACGGUCUGCCUCUGAUGCAGGUGAAUUGCUAGGACAUUCCAAGCGCCAAUAAAGACAGUCCCAAACUUUG